AUGCCUUCUUCCUUUGCCCGAAUUCAUAAGCGCCAUGCCUACAGCAAAGAAGCUCACACUUAUUACCCAGUCCUGAUAGUAGGUGCUGGACCGUCGGGGGUGGCCAUGGGAUGCCGUCUCAAAGAGGUCCUGGGAACAGACCAGUUCCGAAUUUUCGAUCGUCAGUCCGGUAUUGGGGGUACCUGGUGGAUAAAUAGGUAUCCAGGAGCUGCCUGUGACAUGUAG